CGUUUUAUGACACAGCCCAUGGCUAAAAAGCAUAUUAUUUCAAUUAUUCUUAUAGUGAUAGUAUUACAGUUUUGUUAUAAUCAAAUGUGUAAUUAAAGUUCAUUAUGAAUUUAUGACUAAUUAAUAUUUCUUUUUCUCUACAAUUUUGUUUUAAUCCGAUAUUAUUCGUAUUUAUUUAAUUUAUGAUUGAUUGCAUUUAUAAUCGAUGGAGUUCAAUGAUUACUACAGUACUCAUAAAAGUAGCGCAAAUGAAGAAGAAGCAUUACUAAAGCGUUUAAUUGCUCUAAAAAAGCAGCUAGAUGAUGAUGAUGAUGAUAAUGACGAUAAACCAAAAUUACAACAAACUCUUAAUAAUGUUAAAGAAAAUAUUGUAACCAAUAAGGAUAUUAAAUUAACAUCAAAAUUUAAGUAUCGCAAGGAUAAUAAUCAUAUAGCUAAUAAAUUCCUUUCUACCAAAAUAGAUAAUCGUAAUUUUACUAAUCAACAAAAUAAAAUUAAACAAAAUAGUUUAUUUGCUAAGACUAAUAAUUCUUCUAAAGUGUAUACCAAACAAAAUGUGUUGCAUUUUACUUCUAUCAAAACUGUUACAAGCAAAAAAAAUCCUGAAAUAUCAAAUAAUAGUCAAAAUAUUACUAAGUUUAAUUCAGAAAUUAAUGAAAUUAUGAAAAACAGCUUUGUUAAUAAUUGUAAAUUAUCAUCAAAUGAUAAUUGUUAUGAAACUUCUGAUGUUUCACAAAUAUUACAUAAUGUUGAUAAAUAUAUGAUUAAUGUUCAAGAUUAUUUAACUUCAUCAAAGUAUGUCAUUAAUAAAGAAGUGAGCUCUUCAUCAACUAAAAAAACUAAUCAAUCAAAAAAUGUUCAUGUCAAUAGAAAAUUUCAAAACCAGUUAAUUUCUAAUAGUUUGUUAAAUUCAAACUUAAAAAGUUUACCGAAUUCUUUAGUAUCUAUUAAUAAAUCAACAAGUAUAAAUAAGAAAAAAAUAAUAAAGAAAUUGUCUGGAAAAACUAUUGGAUCACCUAAUCUUGUAAAGAUAGGUAACACAAAAUUAAUUCGUCAAUCAUUAUUUAGAAACAAAUGGAAAAUCAACAAUAAAAUUAAUUGCGUUGAAAAUAAUGCAACUGAACGUAAACCACUCUCAACAUUACAAUGUCCAUCAUCAAAUACGUUAAUUCCAUCUUACAAAAAAACAGAAUGGACUAAAGUUACUAACUCAACGCCUGUACUUAAAUCUAAAUUAUCUAACACCAGUAAUACUAAUAAGUUAAAAUGGACAAGACCCAGUAUAUUACUGGUUAAUAAUGUAAAAAAUAAUACCCAUACUUCAGUACCAAAGACUGAUAAAUUAAUUUUAUUUGGCAAGAAUAAAAUAAUUAGACAAUCAUUAAUAAAUCCAAUUCAGUCAAAACCUAAAUCUUACAUGCUCAAACAUCUUUCACAUAGAUUUGCUUUAAUAAGAAAAUUACAGCAAAAAAACAUUGUUGCUAAAAUAAAAACUGUUACAAACAAUGAACAAGUAAAAAAUAUGUUAUUAAAAAAUACUUUAUUUAAGCCAAUUGAGAUUAAAAAAAAUGGAAAGGGGUCGUAUUCUGUGUAUUCAUAUGUAAAUCCAAUAUUAAGAUCAAAAACAUAUAGUUAUAAGUUGGAAAAAACCGGAUCUUCAAAUAAUAAAAUACGCUUGCUUAAUAUUUCUAAUAACAAACCUCAACAAAAUUUGAAAAUUAUAAAUAAUGAAAAAAAUAAAAUUCAAAAUUUAAGUUUAACAAAUAAUAAAACCCUCCAACGACUCAAAAGUAAAAAAACACUCACUAAACAGCUUUGCUUAGUAUUUAAUCGCUUCGGUGUUUGUUCAAAAUUGGAUCAAGGAGAAUGUGAUAAGCGUCAUUACAAAAAAUACAUCACAUUAUGCACCAAAUUUCUAACAGGAGAAUGUUUUAAAGAGAAUUGUACAUUAUCACAUAAUAUUGUAGAAGAAAAAAUCCCAUUUUGUAAGCAUUAUUUAAAUAGUGUUUGUGUUCAAUUAAAUUGCCCAUAUUUGCACGAAUAUAGAAGUAAAAACACUCCUAUUUGUAAAAAAUUUCUUGAUGGUUCAUGUAAUUGGGGGAAAAAAUGCCCUAAAAAACACUUGAAUCUAUGUCCAAUUUUUGAAACAAAGAAUGAGUGUCCACAUGGUCAAAAAUGCCUAUACCCUCACAUUCCAUGUGAAGAGAAAAAUACUGUUGUUGAAAUCAAUGAACCAAGAUACUUUGAGAUAUCAAUACCCAAUAAUAUUGAAUCAAAUGAAAACGAGUCCAUUCAUAUUGUACCCAAACGCCGUGCACCUUUAUUGGACUUACCAUCUUUUAUACCAUUAAAAAAACAGUAAGUAUUUUGUAGUAUGUAUGUGAUUAUAUUUUCCACAAUAUGCAUUAAAUAUAUUUUAAUAAAUUAAUAAUUGAAUGCAUCUAGGAUAAUAAUGUGAUGUUAAUAUGGUAUACUAUAUUUCUUUUCAAAAACUAAAAAGCUUUUUUAAAU